AAGAGAGAGAGGGGGGGAGAAAGCCGACGUUUCCAUAAGAAAACGCAAUAACAGUAAAACAAAAAUUAAAAAACAGGGGGGGGGGGAAGAGAGGGGAGGAGGGAGAGAUCUGUAAGGGUGUCUCACGUUCUUGUUAUAUCCGUGCCUUAAUUAGGGCUUUUUCCCCCUCUCUCCUGUGCUCUCCCUCCUCUGCCCCUCUCCAAGAUAUCGUCGCUUAAUUCGUUCUGUGAUUCGACUAUUUUUUCUUUCGAUUCGUGUAUUUUUUUCGGAGAUCUGAGCUUCUUGUCCAUUCUUUGUGUGAGUUUUUCUUUGUUUUGAGAUUCGUUGCCGGGCGGCGUCGGAGUUGGAAUCCUUGGGCCGGUGCUACGGGAAGCAUCAGAGAUUUUGGUGUAAAUCGGGCGGGUCUUGGGGUUUGGGCAUGGCUUCGGCGCACGUCCUGCCAAAUUCUGCCGCUUCUUCACGCAAAGGCCAUCUCGAAGCUGGGAAGAAACGGCUAGAGGAGUUCCGUAGGCAGAAGGCUGCUAAGAAGGCAGCAUCUACUGGCCAGUUGCAGCCAGCUGAUGUUGACCAACAUGGUAAACAUACUCAAAAUAGUGAGCAUGUGAGAGAUGGAUCUGUAUCUGGUAGGGAUGGUAUUACUGUCACCAAUCCUUCUGGGUCAGUUACAUCUCAUGAAAAUAAGACAGUUAGUCCUUCCCAAAGCACUGAUGCUGGUUCCUCAAAUGGGACAUCUGCAACCUCUUCCUCCUGGCUUAGCAGCAAUAAUGCAUUAUAUGGAGAUUCAGAGCAAGAACCUGCAAGGGACGAGGUUUCUAAAUUAUAUGGAAGCUCAGGCUUUUCUCAGCUGGACAAUGGUUAUUAUGACCACUUUAGAGAGAACACUGAGUUUACUCGUACCAAAUCUGAGCCAACUGAUGUUAUUACAGGAGAUCAGCUUAUUAGUUUAGAUUCGCUUCAUGCAAAGCCAAACAUUGAUGAGAAAACAAACCAUUCAGGUUUUCUUCCUGAGAGGUCAGAAAGUGUUUCUACUCAUAAGAGGUUGGGGCUUCCCAGCACUUCAACCGACACAUCUGGAGUACGUAAAGACUCAUUUCUUGGAGUGGAGCAACCUAUUCGUGGUGGCAACAUGGACUAUCAUAGUGCUUUGGGUAUAAAUACAGGAGGGGGGCAGAUUGCUGAUGCCAUUAGUCGUCGCCUCAAUGUUGGCAGUGCACCUUGGCAUGCAUCAGAACCACCAUCUGCAGAUUUUCGCUUAGCUUUUAGAAGUUCUUCUAACCAAAAUCAAUUUCCUUCAUCUGGCUAUGGAACUACUUUUGGUCGAUCUCGCCCAUCUUUUCUUGACUCCCUUGGUGUGCCUAGGGUAUCUUAUAUGCCUUAUGACAAGCCUGAGAAAGCUAAUCCUCCAUCAUCUUUUAGUAGUUCAAAUUUUGACAGUACAGAGACUCACUCAUCAUCUUCUCAGAAAAUGCUGUCUGCGGAGCUCGUCACUAUUGAGCAAUCUUAUGAUUCGAGAACUAUGGAUGUUAAUAUUGAAAAGGAGCCAUCCUUGACUUCUGUUUCUAAUGAUACACCACUUUUGGAUCUGGGAGUAGGGGAUCAGGAUAUGCAGGAGGAUCAUGAUAUGCAGAGUGACCAUAAUAUCCCAAUUCUGAAGAAAGAUGAAGAUUUUGCAGCAUUGGAGCAGCACAUUGAAGAUUUGACACAAGAAAAGUUUUCUCUGCAACGAGCUCUGGACACAUCACGAACACUAGCAGAGUCGUUGGCUGCUGAGAAUUCAUCUCUGACUGAGAGCUAUAACCAACAGGGAAAGGCUAUCAGCCAGCUAAAAUUCGACAUGGAAGGGCUGCAGGAAGAAAUCAAGGCUCAACUACUGGCACUUGAGUCUGUCAAAAUGGAAUAUGCAAAUGCACAGCUAGAAUGCAAUGCUGCUGAUGAAAGAGCGAAAAUACUUGCAUCUGAAGUCAUUAGCUUAGAAGAGAAGGCACUCAAACUGAGGUCAAAUGAGCUAAAGCUGGAAAAACAACUGGAGAAUUUGAGUUCUGAAAUCCCUUCAUACAGACGUAAGGUCUCUAUUUUAGAGAAAGAACGCCAGGAUUUCCAGUCCACCAUCAAUGCUUUGCAGGAAGAGAAAAAAGUUCUGCAGUCUAAACUACGGAAAGCAUCUACAGAUGGGAAAAUCAAAGAUUCAAAAAAAGCUUCCCCUAGUAGAAGAGAUGCGUCUACUUCUACAGAGGAUUUAGGUGCUGAAAAUGUGAAUCUGGUUGAUGGGGAGGCUACUGGUCCAGAAACAAUGCUCAACGAUAGCCUAAAUGCAUUGCAAGAUAUCAGCUUAUUCAUGUCUCUUCCCGAAGAUGGAAGAUUAUAUCUUCCAGAUGGAUCUGGUGGUAUUCCAGUAGAUCAGCUUAGAAUGAUUGACAACAUCAAUACGUUGAUAUCUGAGCUAGCACUGGAGAAAGAAGAGGUGGUGCGAGCUCUCAAAAUUGAAUCAUCAAAUUGUUCCAAGCUGAAGGACUUGAACAAGGAUCUAUCACAAAAGCUGGAGGCACAGACCCAGAGGUUAGAGCUCAUGACUGCUCAACGGAUGGCUGAUGAGAAUGUUUUGGCAAAGCCUGUAGAUUCCCAUAUCAUGCAUGAUAAAAUAGAAUAUGCUGAUGAAGGCGAUGAGGUAGUUGAGAGGGUCUUGGGUUGGAUAAUGAAGCUCUUCCCUGGAGGCCCGGCAAAGCGGCGAACAAGCAAGCUUCUGUAAUGGAGGAAAGACUUUAUGAUAUAAUGGUGAUACUAUCAUUAAUUUUUUUUACUAAUGAUAGAAUGGAGGUCUUCAAAUCUGUAUAUUAGGUCGUUAAAUCUAGUCAUUCUUUUUUCUUUAAUAGAAGAUAAAAAUGGAAUACUUAGUAUUCCUUCCAUGAAUCAUGUAUGGUACACCCAGUGAUCGGAAAUAAAAGAAUGUACCCCAUCAUUCUUUUUGCUGAAAGCUGUUUAGUGUACCCUUUGGGGGUGAUAAGUGUACAAAGGAACUCUGUUGUUACUUGUAUCUUUUUUUCUUUUCCCCAUUUCUAAUUUGCUGUAUCUAGAGAGAGAGUUUGGUGUUUGGCUUGGGACUGACCCCCGGCUUGUGCUUUACUCCUUUGAUGAUGAUGAUUCAGACAUGAUACAUUCUUGUAAGCAUUCUUGUAAAUGGUGAACAUGUAAAACUUUGCCUAGCACAGAGGAUGAUAAAGAUGAAAUCAAAUUCUCGAGACAA